AUGGGAAUGGACGCUCAACUGCGAAUCGCCAUCAUUGGCUGUGGUACUCUAGGGACUGCAAUUGCCAAUGGAAUACUAGAACCUAAAAGCGAAACAGGAUUCAGUGUGAAGCACCUCACCGCUACCGUUGGUACACCAGCAUCUAAGAAACGCGUUGAAGAAACCUUGGGCGUGAAUUCGCAUCGGCUUACGGUGCUCACCAAAGAAGAAAAUGUGCGAGCAAUCCAGGACGCAGAGAUUGUUAUACUAGCUAUGAAACCUAUUAAGCGUGCUAAAGUAUUCGCUGUGUCUGGGUUUAAAGAGGCCCUUCGUGAUAAAUUCGUGGUCAGCAUUAUGGCCGGUAUUUCCACCGCAGCGUUGGGGCGUCUCGUAUUUGGUGAGAAUGCCUCGGAGGACACAGCUUCAUUGCAGGCUGUUCGUGCGAUGCCUAAUAUGGCCGCCAAGAUCCGCGAAGCCGUGACAUUGUACACCCCAGGGGUUGGAACCACAGAGGAUAACUUGGAGAUUGCCGACUGGAUAUUCCAUCAGGUCGGAGUCGCAUACCAAAUGCCAGAAGGCUCCUUUGAUAUAUGUGCUGUAUUGGUGGGGUGUGCGGGCUCCCUUCUGCUUCUCGCAAUCGACGGGCUACUGGAUGCUGCUGUUGCUGAAGGCGUAAAAAGACCGGAUGUGCAAAAUUUGGUUGUGAACAGUGCCAUUGGAAUGUUGAAGCUUGUACCCGAAGGAGAUCAUCCUGGAGUCUUGCGAGAGAAGAUUGCCUCUCCUGGUGGUUGCUCUAUUCGGGCACUUUUAGAGCUUGAGAAACUUGGUGUCAGAUCUGCUUUCACCACGGCAAUCCUUGCAGCUGCGGCAAAGUCAAAGAGCAUGUCAUCAUCUUAG